AUGGCUGCUCUGCCAGAGGCGCCUUUGCACACCAGUCAGACGUCUUUUUCGGCAGCAUCAAGACGCGAAGCGCAAACCGCAGGUGGCGACAGCGACGUCCGGCUCCCUUACGGCUUCGGCAAGUUCCAGUUGCUGAUAAUGUUGGGCACAAUCGUCGCCGGCGCCACUUUUACGCUUCACGACGAGAGCUUCCGACUGACUGCGGGCGUCAUGGACCACUGGUGCCAACGACCCUUCAAGUUCGCCAACCUCAGCGUCGCCGAAUGGAAGCAGCUCGCCAUCCCGCUAGACGUAGACGGCGAGUACAGCCACUGCACUGUGCGCGAACCGCCGAACGGAGGACGCGCUGCUCGCAUCGUCUCCUGCACGGCUUGGGAGUACGACUUGGGCACGUACGGCAACAACAUCGUCAGCGAGUGGAACCUCGUGUGCCACCGGCGGUGGCUCGUGGACCUCGCGAGGCUCGCCUACUCGGCCAGCUGCAUGGCAUCCCUGUGCUUGUUCGGCGUGGCUGCUGAUCGCGUCGGCCGCAGGGUGGUCGUCUUCGUGGCCGUGCCCGUGGUGCUCGUCGCCGGAGUGGGCGGAGGCCUGCCCAGGGACCUGCACUUCUUCGUGGCGGUGCGCUGCCUCGUCUCUGCGGCUGCGAGUGCCCUGCUGCCACCGUUGCUGGCGCUGACGUACGAGGUGUCGCCGACGAGCAAGAUUCCCGCCUACACCGUCGCGACAUGGGUUGUCACUCUGCUCAUGGUACCCCCGACGCUAGUGGUGACCCAGGCCGUCAAGGGUGGCUGGGCUGUCACCCAGCUCCUGGUCAUGCUGCCGACAUCCCUCUUGGUAACGCUGUACUACACCAUAGACGAGUCGCCUGCCUGGCUUCUGGUCAACGGGAGAGUCGAGGAAGCCGAGCGCGUUGCGGCGCGCGCGGCAAGGCUGAACGGGUUGCCAACGGGAAGCGGCGAUCUUUUCGCCUCGCAGCGGUACUUGCACGCUCGAGAGGCAGCCCCCAAAGACCCGGCCGGGCCUUUUCUCCUGUGCUCGAAACGUCUGUGGCAGCGCACCAUCCUGUUGACAUUCUGCUGGACGGCUCUGACCUACUGCUACGUCAGCUUCAUCUCCAAUGAAGCCAUCUUCGUCAGCCUGGUAGUGAACUUAAUCGACAUGUUUCUGUCCACCUGCGCUGCCAUCCUCGUCGCGCGAUUCAUUCCUCGCUUCGGCUUCAAACUUUCGGUGGUCACCUCGGCCCUCGUCUCCGCGGCGACGUCAGCAGUUCUGGCCGCUAUUUACACCGACGACGAAACCGUUCUGCGCAACUCGCUGCUGCUGGUCAUGCGAAUGGCGGGAAACGUGUCGCUCAUGUUUUUCAUCACUCUGGCCGUGAACUGUUACCCUGUUUCCAUCCAUUGCACGGCACUCGGCGCUGGCCUGGCCUUCAGCCGUCUCGGCGACACACUGGCCCAGAUGGUUCCGAGGCUCCUCCGCGGUAGGCACGCCGAAGUGCAUCUUGCCGUUGCGGCCAUCUUGAUGACGUUGUUCGCAGCCGCCACGGAGUUUUUACCCCCAGAGGCAGACUGGAAACUAGCUCGUUCCGUCACGCACGUCAAAAGUACCGUGACCACCGAUCACACUGGCGAGGAGCUGAGGCACGAGCUGCAGCAUACUCUGGUACCGCUGCCUAAGAAACGGCUGCACGGGCGCCGCUCAAGCCGACGCGACAAAAAUCAACUCUCCCUGGACGAACAACACUCUACACAUAGUAUAAGCCGGUCAACGCUGCGUGACUUCUAG